AAACGUAAGAAAUUAAACGGAGGGAAAUAUUUUCUAGAAGGUCACAAUAUUAAAUACGUUAGAUAAACAAAUACAUACACUUUAAAUGCCAGAAGUCUUGCCUAUACCGCGAGAGAGGAAACAUGUAAUGGUCGAGAGAACCGACAGUCGAAAAUCACUUAGUCCUAGUUUUUCAUCGGUCUCCAUUUUAACUCCUUGCCCAGUCGGUACCUCACGUGUCCUGGAUUGUCUUUCUCACAUGACCCGUGUGUUUGUCCCCGUGAUCAGUACUUCCAUCUCCGCAUAUCAGUGUUGCUGAAUAUCACAUUUUGAACUGUAAGCUUCAUGGAUAUGCUUGAACAGAGUUUGGACAGCUCUACGAGUCACGAGAAACAGGAAACAGAGGAGGUUCUCCAACUGGAAGAGGGUGUGGGAACAGAGGAGCAGACUGCAGUUACCAUAACAAGUGUACCGCAGGCUGCAGCCUUUGCGGAUCAUAAUGUCCAAUACCAGUUUCGCACAGAGAACAGUGGAGGACAGGUGACCUAUCGAGUGGUUCAGGUGACCGAUGACCAGCUAGAGGCAGCUGGCGAUGGCACAGGGGCAGUUAGUGUUGUCUCUACAGCUGCAUUUACUGGAACACAGCAAGCAGUUGCACAGGCUGUCAUUCAAAACCCAUUCAGUAAUGGAGGUAGUCCAGCGGGGGAGACAGUGGGAGGGGAGACACGUUUUGCCUAUUUCCCUGCUGCCACAGUCAGUGAUGGUACAGCCACAGCAGUAUCCGUGCAGUCUGACCCAACACUCACGCAGGCCGGAGGUCAGUUCUACGUGAUGAUGAGCUCACCGGACAUGUUGCAAGCAGGAACUCCACGGACUAUUGCCCCUCGCACACACAAUUACACCACAGACCUCGGUGAAAAUGAGAUGCUACACCAUGGCAGUUCAAACUGGAAGAUCGAUGGCCCACGGGCACCACGGGAUGAGAGGAGGAGAGCUCAACACAACGAAGGAGCCAUCCAGGUUCGAGGUAGCAAAGCAGCCCAAACCAUGAUGCGUCCUCCACCAUGCUUCACGUUUGGGAUGAUGUUUGGUGUUGUGGAGAGGCGGAGAAGAGACAAGAUUAACAACUGGAUUGUCACUCUCUCAAAGAUCAUCCCCGACUGCAACAUAGACAGCACUAAGACUGGAGCAAAGUCAUAUGCAGUGUCUUCUCUUCAGAGUAAAGGAGGGAUCCUGUCGAAAGCAUGUGACUACAUCCGAGAGCUGAGACAAAAUAACCAGCGACUUCAAGAUAGCUUCAAAGAAGUAGUCAGAGUUCAAGCGGACAACGAGCUACUCAAACAACAGAUUGAGGAGCUGAAGAAUGACAACGCACUGCUUCGAGCUCAGCUACAACAGCAUGGUAUUGAGAUCAAUGGAGAUACGACAGCACAAUAACAGAAUGGACAGGCAUAUAAAAAAAGAGGGCUUGAGAAGUAGUGACAGACUGCAGACUGCUCAAGCCUUCUCUUUACCCGCACUCUUCCAAGGCAGAAAGCUGAACUCCAUGACUCUAGCUAAAUGAGUUCCCCACCCGCCUCAAAGGAUAACCAGCUCUUCAAAAAUGUUUUGCUUUCAAUUCAAUCUCUUUGAGUUGGAAUUAUGUUAAUGACAAUUCACAUGAAUAGGAAAUAAUGAUUUUGUUUUACCUACAGCAGUUUUUUCUUCUAUUUUUUGGGGCGGGAGGGUUGAGUUUUGUUGUUAGAGAUGAUAUUCACUGUGUUAGUCAGGCAUGAAUAAUUUUCUUUUAAAUGUAAUUUAUUAGUUUAAAAUUAGUGUGCGUGUGUGCGUAUGCGCAGAAAGAAAUGCCUUUUGUGGUAGGGAUCAAUUGUGGAAAUACAAGACUGAACUUUGCUGUUCCAUCUUUCCUUAGAGACAAAACAAACAAACCUCCAUGGAUUAACACCAUUUCACUAGGUUGUUACAUUUUCAAGUGGAUGUAGAGGAUUACCGGUUAGCUGUUUUAAAGGCCUGUGAUAUCAAGGUAUAAUUUGUCAGGAUAUCAAGGUAUAAUUUGCUUCCAAAAGCAACUUAAUCCUAAGUUAAUCAUUAGACCUGUAGUAUACAGUAAUGUUCUCAUAUUAAAGUUAGCUUAAGAUGCUUUUGGGGAACCAGUCCAGUCAGUAGGUGAUAGCAAAACUCAGGAUAAACAUACUACAAUAUAACAGUGAAUCCCACAUUCAUUUUAGCCCUGCUCAUUUGCAGCAUUUUUCUAGAACUGUGUGUUCUUAUCUGGUGCACAGUUAAAUCUGAAUACCAAUUUCACUAUAUGGUGGUGACAUAUGUUAGGCAUUUCAUAAGGUAUAAAGGGGUAAGGAAUAUGGCCAAUAUAUAACAGCUAAGAGCUGUUCUUAGGCGUGACACAUUGCAGAUUGCCUGGACACAGUACUUCGCUGUGGUAUAUUGGCAAAAUAUCACAAACCCCAAGCUUUUAUAAACGGGUUACCAACACAGAACAGUAAAAAGUGAUGUCAUACCCGUGAUAUCAUACAGCAUUCAGGAACCUAACAAACCAGCUUAUAAUUCUGACUGCUGAUUUGCUAAUAACUGUGGUAUAAGGGCCUACCCUUAUAAGGGCCUACCCAUAUACUGUACCACAAUGGUGAUGCACUGAUCCAAUAUUGGCAUUGAAAAUUUGUCAGAUACUGGCCAGUAAUAAUGGGAUAGGGUAUCAGCGGCAGUCGGCAGCGAGCCUAUAUAAUGAGCUGAUCCCAAAAAAACUGAUUGUAAUAACAAUGUGCGGAAAACAUAAGUUGAUAAUGGGUAGACCUGAAACAUGCCAUCUUUGCCUAGUGAAGUCAAUAACAACAAUUGUCUACAGUCUGGAAUUACUUUACAGUUGACACAGCCUGUAGUAAAACUAGCAGUUGCAAAUGUUCCAAAGCAAGUGUUUGAAGGGUAACAAUAUAGGAGCUUAGGCUUGCUAGUAAAUGCUAACUGUUUAUCUAAGUCUAAGUUGGCUAACAUUGGUUGAUGCUAGCUUACACCAACUCGUUAACACCAGGCUAAUUGAAAAUACAUCGCUUCUAACUGUGUGAUUUUGUAAUCUCGAAAUAAUUCAGAUUCAUAGCUAAAUAGCAAAUCAUUUGUGGAAAAUAUGUCAAGAAUGAAGGUUGACUAACGUUUAUCUCUGUCUUUGCAAAGUUGUCAAAGCAAAUACAGACAGCGUGGGCAUCUUGAUCAUCUGAUGUCAUGAAGUUGUUAAUUGAAUCAUUGGUAGUGUAACAUUGUGUGUCAGUGAUGUACGGUAACAUUAUUUGCAUGCCAGAGAGAAGGUAACGUUUGUAGCUUAUCAUAGAAUGUAAAAUGGUAUUGUGUUGUACUUGUCCGUUAGCCCAGGGCUUAGGAAUACAAGUGUGAAUCCUUAGCCUAGGGUUAAACCUUAGCGCCGGAUUAACAAAAUCUUGUGUGCAAACAGGCUAAACUACUGUCUUAACCUGGGGCUAAGAUAGCCCAAGGCUUAGAACAAUGCAGUGUGAAAAGGGCUUAAAAUAAUUAUGGCAAUCAUAGCAUGUCGACAAAAUAAAAAUGCCACUAUAGGAUCAGUACUCUCUAUCAGCAGUACUUAAAGUUAAGUACUCAGAACUGUUAUCGACAAUGAAAAAGUUGUUUUUGGUUCAUCUCUAUACCAAACCACCUUGUGGCUUAUGGCUAACGUAAACCACAGGUAUGACACUUUUUUUCUUCUUCUCUGCUCCAUCUGCGUUUGUAACUGGUUUAUAAUGGCAAUAAGGCAUCUUGUGUGUUUUGUGGAAUAUUACGAUGCGUUGGGCUUUACUGCUCUUAGCUGUGGGUUAUUGGCCAUAUAGCACACUUGUGCCUUAUUGCCUGAUUAAAUUCUAGUAUCUUAUUUUCAUAGAUCACUUGCUGAUAUUCAAUGUCAGCAUUGCCAUGUACAAGAUAAUGAUACUUUUUUUAGGAGCUUUAGUCCUAAUUACAUAGGAUGCUUAUUACAGGCAUUUCAUUUAAAUAUGGGGACCCUUGCACACCAAUUUUGAUAUUCUUUCAUCUCAUGGGUAUUUAGAGUAAUCCAAUCAGAUCUUUUCUUUGCAUGUUUUUCAUAGCUGAUAUAGGUCAAAACACAUUAUUGGAAUAAAUAUCAAAAUGUAAUUAUGUUUUUGUCCCCUUCCUGCUAUCAUGCUUAAUGUUUAGGAACUAUGGGACACAUUUCAGGUCAGAGCUGUACUCCAAGGCAUUUCUACUGAGUAAAGUUUUUUUUCAUUCUUACAAUCACAUCACAGUUUAAUAAACACUGGCAUAAUACAGUA